AUGGUAGGCUUGCUCUGGUCUAAAACACCAGAUAAUACACAGAUCGACGAGUUCAAGAACUAUUCUGAGAUGUGGAUGGGAACGUACCCCUCUAACCCAUCCUACCUUCUCUCCACCGGCGAGCAGCUGGGAGAUUAUCUUAAGAAGAACCCCCAGUUGGUGGGCAAGUCCGUCUUAGAUAGAUGGGGACCAGAGAUACCAUUUCUGCCCAAGAUCCUUUCCUUCUCAAAAGCACUCCCCCUUCAGAUUCAUCCCGACCUCGGCUUAGCUGCAAAGUUGCACGAACAAGACCCGAAGAAGUUCUGCGACACCAACCACAAGCCGGAGAUAGCAAUUGCACUUUCCAAGUUUGAGUUGUUUGCUGGGUGGAAGCCACUCAAUGACAUCCAGGCCCAUUUCAAGUUAAAGCCUCUGGAGAAAUUCGUACCGACCCAAUGUCACUUCAACGACGAGACAUUGCGGCAGAUAUGCAAGUCGCUGCUGAAUGCAUCAUCGAAGGUCGUAGCGACCACCAUCAAGGAGCUACAGGACAUCCCUGAGUCGCAUUUCGGCGCAUAUCCCUACAUCCCGGGACUGUUAGACAGACUGAGCAAGCAGUACACGGAAUUCGACAACGGCAACCUAGUCGCUGCGCUGUUGAUGAACUACCUAACGCUGGGACCCGGAGACUCCGUAUUUGUGCCCGCUGAUAGCAUCCAUGCAUAUCUUGAAGGAGAUAUUGUCGAGUGCAUGGCCCGCUCAGAUAACGUCAUCAACACGGGCUUCUGCCCGCGCGCGGAGCGCGACAGCAUCGAGCUCUUCGGCCAGGCACUAACAUUCCAGCCACACAAUGCGCAGGACGCGCUGCUGCCACGUCUUAAGAGUGACAAGGGCAUGAAUGGUAAGACGGAUGCUUAUGCGCCCCCAAUUAGCGAGUUUGCCGUGCUGUGCACCUGUCUGGGAGCCGGCGAGAAGGAGACCCAUAAAUCUAUUCUUGGUCCUAGCUUGAUGAUUGUCGCAAAAGGCUGCGGCUCUAUGAAUAUUCCUGGUGGGGAAAAGGUGGAGUUGAAGGAAGGUUGGGUUUUCUUUGUUGGUCAGGGUACUGCGCUGGACUUUUGCACUGAGAAAGGUAUGGCCGUGUACCGCGCAUAUGCAGAGUAG